AUGGAUGAAAGCAAGAAUGAGAGUGUUGCUGCAAGUAGUGUUGCGGAAUUGUCUACUGUGACUGCCAGUGAACAUGUAGAUAGUGGUGAUAGUGAGAAAAUCACAAAAGCAACGACCCCAGUGGUUGCUGACUCUGUUGCCAGUGAGGAGGCUGAGGGUCAGGGUAAGGAUACGAUAGAGGGUUCUUCUAGUGAGGAUGUGGUGGCAAAGGAAGGUGGGUCUUGUAAUGGAGAUGAAGUGAUGGUUGAGAGGUCUUCAAGUGUGGAUGUUGACGGUGGGGGCAGACGCGAUUUAGGUGAUGGAGGUGGGGGAAAGCGAGCCAGGGAUUCUGGUGUCGAGGCAUCAAACUCAGGAGUUGAGUCUUCUAAGGUUGCAGAAUCUGAAGAAGGGAGACUGGUUGAGGGUGGGGAGAAGGAGUGGAAGGUCAGUGGCAAUGGUGAUGAGACUUCACAGGUAGUUCAGGACUUGCGGGUUGAGAGUGAGGUUGGACAGUCUUCUAAGGUUGCAGAAUCUGAAGAAGGAAAACCGGUUGCGGUUGGGGAGAAGGAGUGGAAGGUCUGUGGUGAUGGUGAUGAGACUUCACAGGAAGUUCAUGACUUGAGGGUUGAAAGUGAGGUUGGACAGUCUUCUAAGGUUGUAGAAUCUGAAGAAGGGAAACUGGUUGAGGGUGGGGAGAAGAUGUGGAAGGUCUGUGGCGAUGGUGAUGAGACUUCACAGGAAGUUCAGGACUUGAGGGUUGAGAGUGAGGUUGGACAGUCUUCUAAGGUUGCAGGAUCUGAAGAAGGGAAAGCGGUUGUGGGUGGGGAGAAGGAGUGGAAGGUCUGUGGCGAUGGUGAUGAGACUUCACAGGAAGUUUAUGACUUGAGGCUUGAGAGUGAGGUUGGACAGUCUUCUAAGGUUGCAGAAUCUAGGGGAAAAGGUCAACCGGUAGAGGGUGGAGAGGAAGAUAUGGAAGUUGGUGGAAAUGGUGAUAAGACGCCAUCAGAAGCUGGGGUUGCAGAUGCUGAUGCUCAAUGUGUGGAAAUUGCAAGUGGGAUUGGUGGGGAAACCCAAGGUGUAGUGGAAGAAGUGACAGUUGUUACAGCAGAGGAGAGUUUGAACAGGGAAUCAGUGGAGAAGGGUGUUGAGGGAGUCGAGACUGAUGCAAAUCAGGAAGUAAAUUCUCAAGAAGUUGGGCUGUCAGAGAAUGAAUCUCAGGAUCAAAGAGCUGAAAAUGGGGCAGGAGGUCCUUCCAUGGCAGUAGGUUCUUCAGUAGGUGAAACCCAAGUUGUAGAGAAAUCUGAAUUGGUUGAAGAGGCUGCAGGGAAGGAUAAGGAGAAAGAUGACAAUGGGAAAGUUGGACUUCAAGAUUCAGAGACACAAGAGGUGGGUGUUUUGCAUGAUGAGGUGUGGAAUUCUGGAACUGAAACUGCAGUUGUAACUCCAUCAACUGAGGAUACAAAUUUCGAUACCAAUGUUGUUGAGGAAAUUGCUGUGAUGCCCAGUAAUGAAGGUUUGAAUCCCAAGGUUGAAGCAGCUAGGAGUGAAGCUUUGGAAGGAGCACUUGAUGGUGAUUCAGAUGGGAUUAUCUCAGCUGCUGAAAGAUCAUCAGUUUCAACAGAAAAAGUCAGUAUUGCCAACUCAGACUCAAAAUUGUUGGAUAAACAAACACAAAUUACUGUUGAAGGGAGUGUUGCAUCAACUGACGACAAAAAUAUCACAUGUCCUAACACUGAAGGUAUGGACACUGAUGCUUUUAGUGAAAGUUUUUGUUUUUCAGUGGAAGAACUGCAGGGAGCAUCCGAGACAGCCAAUGGGAGCACUGAAAAUGGCUAUAAUGCAUGUGCAGAUUCACAAUCUUUGCAUCAACCAGCUCAAGUAGUUGUUGGAGCUGUAGCAAAGGAAAACGAUGUUCUUCUGAAUCCUGAAAAGAAUCAAGAAGUUAUUACUGCAUGCUUAGUUGAUGAUGCUGAAGAAGCUGGUCUACAGAAAGAGCAAGUAAUAACGGUUUCGCAACAGCAAAAAGUUGAGACUAUUAAUGGAAGCACUGAAAUAAGGACUAAGACGACAUGUGGAGGGAUGGAAAUGGAUGCUGAAGCAGAUUUGACAAACAAUGAUGAGGUUUUGACCUCUGAUACUAAAAUUUCAGAUCCUUCUGUAAAAGAUCAACAGUUGAAGCCUGAAGAAGGCUUGGUCAAAAGUGCAUCUUGUGAUCCUGCUCAUGUUGAUUCAAUCAAAGAGCAACUGACGGAAGUUCAGGAACAGGCUACUCAUGCUGAAGAGCUUGGAGGGGAGAAGAAAAAGGUAGAAGAACUGAACUCACAGGCUGAAACAGCACUCGUGUGCACACAAACAGAUAACCGGCCCAUGGAUGGGAGGGAAAAUGUUAUAGCAAGCAACAAGGAAGCUUUGAAUUCCAAAACUGAACCCAAGGGGCUUGCUGAAAGCAAUCAGCAAUUGAAGGUUGAAGAAGGUUUGGAUGAGGGUGCAUCUAAUGGUCUUUUUCAGAUUGAUUCAAAUGCAGGGCAAGAAAUGACAAUCGAAGAACAUGUUCUUGAUGCUGAACAGGAUACUGACCCUGAACAGCUGAACACCACGGAGGAGAAAUCUGCUAAAUCGGCAGCUGUAAGGGUUGGAAGCUCAGAGAAAGCGGAUCAGGCUUGUUAUCUGCUGCCGCCAGAUAAGGAAGGUGAGUUUUCCAUAUCAGAUUUGGUCUGGGGUAAAGUAAGGAGCCAUCCUUGGUGGCCUGGACAGAUAUUUGAUCUAUCAGAUGCCUCCGAGAAAGCAAUGAAGUAUCAUAAGAAGGACUGCUAUUUAGUAGCAUAUUUUGGGGAUCGAUCAUUUGCAUGGAAUGAAGCACCUUUGCUAAAGCCUUUCAGGUCACACUUCCCUCACGUUGAGAAGCAGAGCAAUUCAGAAGCAUUUCAGAAUGCUGUUGAUUGUGCUUUGGAAGAAGUUUCAAGACGGGUGGAGCUGGGUCUGGCUUGCUCAUGUGCGCCAAAGGAUGCUUAUGAUGAAAUCAAAUGUCAGGUAGUUGAAAAUGCUGGAAUCCAGCCAGAGGCAAGUACACGAGCUGGUGUUGACAAAGAUACAAGAGCUGAUUUGUUUCAACCAGAUAAAUUAGUGGAUUAUAUGAAAGCAUUAGCACAUUUUCCAGCUGGUGGAGCUAAUCGAUUGGAGCUUGUGAUUGCAAAGUCUCAGUUGCUGGCCUUCUAUCGCUUGAAAGGUUACUCUGAACUGCCUGAAUUUCAGUAUUGUGGAGGGUUGUUGGAGAAGUCAGAUGCUUUGCAAUUUGAGGAUGAAGCGAUUCAUCAUGCAUCGACUGUUUGUGAGGAUCACAGGCAAAUUUCAUCUGGUGAGCAGAUUUUGCAAACUCAAAAAGGCUCUUCUCACAAACGUAAACAUAAUUUGAAGGAUAACAUCUAUCACAGGAAAAAAGAGAGAAACUUGUCUGAUUUGAUGGGUGACUCAUGGGAUUCUGUGGAUGAUGAAAUUGGGUCUGAUGGGAAAGCAAACAGUAAGUUAGUUUCCCCGUCUUCUGGCAAGAGAAGAAAAGGAUCUGAUACCUUUGCUGAUGAUGCAUCUACGACAGAAGGGAGGAAGACUAUAACUUUUGCAAAAGUGUCUUCAACCACACAUUUUCCCAAGCCUUCCUUCAAGAUUGGUGAAUGCAUCCAAAGAGUUGCUAGCCAAAUGACCGGGUCUACUUCUAUCCUGAAGUGCAAUAGCCAGAAGGCAGAUGGAAGCAGUGAUGGACUUGUUGGGGAUGGAUCUGAUGCUUUGUUUCUGCACUCUGAGGAUGCUGAGAUAAAGAGAAUGAUCGUUCCAACAGAAUACUCUUCACUUGAUGAAUUGCUAUCGCAACUUCUCUCGACAGCACAAGAUCCCUUGAAAGGGUAUAGUUUCUUGAACAUCAUCAUUAGUUUCUUCUCUGAUUUCAGGAACUCAGUGGUUAUGGACCAGCAUGAUAAAGUAGGUGGUAAGAGAAAAAUAUCCCAUUCUUCUGGUGGUUUUCCAGAAACAUUUGAAUUCGAGGAUAUGAAUGACACUUAUUGGACAGACCGGGUUAUUCAAAAUGGUUCUGAAGAGCAACCACAACGUAAAAGUAGGAAAAGGGAUAAUCUUUUUGUGCCUGUUGUUCUGGAUAAACCCAGCGGUAGGUCAAACUCUAGGAAGCGCUAUUCUGAUAGCAAUUAUGAUGUAUCAGCCCAGAAACCGGCUGGUUAUGUGGAUGAGAAGGCUCCAGCAGAGCUUGUUAUGCAUUUCCCUGUGGUGGACUCUGUUCCUUCAGAAAUAAGCCUAAAUAAGAUGUUCAGACGCUUUGGACCUCUAAAAGAAUCUGAGACAGAAGUUGAUAGGGAUACCAAUCGUGCAAGAGUAAUUUUCAAGCGGUGUUCAGAUGCAGAAGCUGCAUAUGGCAGUGCUCCCAAGUUCAACAUUUUUGGUUCCAUUCUUGUGAAUUACCAGUUGAACUACACUAUAUCUGUUCCAUUUAAAACUCCACCACUAAUCCAAGAUGAGGAAGAUGCAACUCUUUUUCUUCAAUACUGA